CGCGCGCGCGCGCGCGAUGUGUGUAUGAUGAGUGCGCGUGUGUGUGUGUGAGUGUGUGAUUGUAUAUGAUACGCACACCCAAGCGCACGCGCGCGCAUAUGUCGUUUAGAAUGUCUAUGUCUAUAAUAGAUGUUCGUUUGUAGUGUACAUAAUAUAUCGUAAUUCUCUUUCUUACCUCACGCGUACCCGAUUAAAUCCUUUUGUGUAGCUUUGUAAUAGUUAUGCUGUACAUGCAUUAAAAUACAAAAGUUCUAUGUAGAAAAAAGAAAAGAAAGACGUAUAUAUUAAAAUAAUAAAUAUAUUGAAUUUACAUGCGCGCGCGCGCAUACAGCAUACAGCGAUUGCAAAUUUUUGUAUUUGGAAAAUUGUUUCUUCCUAUGAUUGAUUUUCGUUUUCAUCCUUUUUGAGUAUAGUACAUAGACUACAAAGUGUCAUAAUUUUCAUAUAAAGUGGGAUUUGAAGGAAAUAACAAUCAAUCAGAUUAAAUUAAUAAUUUAGCGUAAUAAAAUCUCUAAUAAAUUAAUAAAAUCUCACUAUAAAGUUUUCAAAAUGUCUAUCAAACUUGGCAAAUACAUAUAUAGGCUGCAUUCGCGAAGCACGCUAUUAGCGCUAUUUGCUUAUUCUAGCCUUGGUUUACACCUAAUGAGCGAUAAAGAAUGAUACGAUAGCGCUAAUAACGAAUGCUCCCCGAAUGCAGUCACAAUAAGAUUAAUUGUGACCAAGUGAUUACAAUUAAAAUUAUAAACGAAAGAGAAAUCGUAGUUUAAAUUCGGUACAACAUUGAUUUGUCACGUUAUUGACUUUCCUGCAAAUAACCACUCCAGCUUACAUUUGUAUAAAUUUGUCCUUAGCUAAUCGUUUACCUGUUAAUGUGGUGUCAGCUAGACGUGGAUUCUUCUAAAAUCGUUACGUUUGAAACAAAAGUUGUAAGAAAAGAAAUUCAAAAUGGAAUCGGCUAUAGCUGGGCGAAGGCGUACUGCCACACGGCAUUCUGCAGAAGAUCAAGCGCUCGAUCAAAUAGCUAAGGAGGCAGAAGCAAGACUGGCUGCUAGGAGACAGGCAAGAGCAGAAGCCAGGGAAAUACGAAUGCGUGAAUUAGAAAGACAACAGAAAGAGGCAGAGGAGAAUGCUGAUAGGGUUUAUGACAUGUGUGCAGGUAGUUUUAAAGAAAUAAAUCGUAUCUUAAGUUUCAUGCUUUAUACUUCGAUAUGUUUUCAAUGAUUUAUUUCUAAAACAGCUUUCUUUGUGUGAUUCGCAACAGUUGUGACAAACUUCAAGAGAAGGAGGGGAG